AUGGGCUCGCGCCUGCACGAAAACUCCAGCGCGGUGCGCAAGCGCAUCCAGAACCACCACUUCGACAAUGAGGCCGGCGAGGAGUACGAGGCAUCCGCCUUUGGUGGGUUCAGCGAUUACAUGCGCCGCAAGAAGAUCAAACUCCAGAACCGCGAUGCCGAGAUCCGCUCCUCCGCGGCAAACUGUCCGCCUAUUUUCCGCGGUGUGGUGGCGCAUGUCAAUGGCUACACACAACCCUCGCUACAAGACCUGCAUCGCCUUAUCGUGAGCCAUGGCGGGGGGUUCCUACAGUAUCUAAACGGCAAAACAGAUGCUACCCACAUCAUUGCCAGUGCCUUGACCCCCAAGAAGCGCGAAGAGUUUCGCCGCUAUCGCAUCGUCAAGCCGGCAUGGGUCGUCGAGAGUGUCAAGGCAGGUCGCAUGCUGCCAUGGGACUCGUUUCGGGUCGUUGAUGAGGGUCAGUCCCAGAAGGUACUCAGGUUCGAUGAUGGCCGUAUGGUCAGUCAGAUGAAUAGUUCGCGAUCUGGCUAUCGCGAGCAAACUGAUACCAGUUGGUAUACAAACCAACUUCAAGAGGCUGCAUUGUCUGUUGAGAACGCAGAUGUACAGCGGUCACCACCUCCACGCUCAGAGAAACUUAACAGAGAGGAUCCAUCGCCCCAUAACGGGUCCCAGUCGGACUACAGCCAGUUUCCAGGUUUUGCCUCUUUGGAUGAAGUAAGCAGGACUCCCAACAUUUCGUCUCCGCGGGAAGAAGUUCGAGCGGAGACGCCGGAUAAAAAAUCACCAGUAGAGGAUGAGGAUAUCAAUACUCAUUCAAACAAACAAGAAAAUGACCAAACUGAGGCACCUUCAGCAGCACUGCCGCUGUCGCGCGAAUCCUUCCCAACUAAACCAGCAAUGACUUCCGAAGAAUACAAUGCGCAGUUGUUGUCGGAUCCACACAUGAGGAAUUCCAGUGUUGCAAAUCCUCAAUUCAUCCAACAGUUUUACAGCGAAUCUCGUCUACAUCAUUUGUCAACAUGGAAGGCCGAUCUCAAAGCCCAGUUGCAGUCUGCAGCCAAAGAAAAAUUGCUGUCACAGGUGAAACGCAAAAAGCCAGUCCCCGGGGCUCGGAGGUAUAUCAUGCAUGUAGAUUUCGAUUGCUUCUUUGCCGCCGUGUCGACCUUGAAGCGCCCGGAGCUGCAGGGAAAGCCUGUCGCGGUGGCGCACGGCACUGGCUCGGGCUCGGAGAUAGCGAGUUGCAACUACGAAGCCCGAGCCCAUGGCAUCAAGAACGGCAUGUGGAUGAAGGGAGCGCUGCAAACCUGCCCAGAGCUAAAGGUGGUACCUUAUGAUUUUCCAGCAUACGAAGAGGCCAGUCGGAAGUUCUACAGUGCCAUUCUUUCGGUGGAUGGUAUCGUGCAGAGUGUCAGCAUUGACGAGGCCCUGAUGGACAUCACUACACAAUGUCUGGAGGCUGGUGGCUCGGAUGGUAGGGGCAUCUCGGAGGGUUCACUCUAUAGGGAACAGGCAAGGGCGGAUGAAAUAGCCGACGACUUACGAGCCACUGUAAAGAAAGAGACGGGCUGCGCUGUUUCCGUGGGUAUUGGAGGCAACAUUCUUUUGGCUAAGGUUGCCCUACGGAAAGCGAAGCCGGCAGGUCAAUUUCAGCUCAAACCCGAUGCGGUUCUUGAUUACAUCGGUAAUUUGACAGUUCAAGAUCUUCCCGGAGUGGGCUAUAGCCUGGGUACAAAGUUAGAAGAAUUGGGAGUCAAAAUUGUCAAAGAUGUUCGAGAACUCACCCGCGAUAGACUCACGACGAGCCUUGGACCUAAAACUGGAAUCAAGAUUUGGGAAUAUGCCCGCGGUAUCGAUCGAACUGAAGUCGGAAACGAAGUUCUUAGGAAGUCAGUAUCUGCCGAAGUCAAUUGGGGGAUUCGCUUCGUGAAUCAGACCCAAGCUGAGGACUUCGUGCGGUCUUUGUGCCAGGAACUGCAUCGCAGACUGGUCGAAAAUCUUGUAAAAGGCCAACAAUUAACUCUCAAGGUCAUGCGCAGAGCACUCGACGCGCCGUUAGAACCAGUGAAACAUCUGGGCCAUGGCAAGUGCGAUGUGUUCAACAAAAGUGUCGCCCUCGGCGUUGCCACGGAUGCAGCCGAUAUUCUGGGCAAAGAGGCAGUUGCCAUGCUACGAAGCUUGAAUCUAUCACCCGGCGACUUGAGAGGGCUGGGUGUUCAGAUGACCAAACUCCAGCAUCUCCGGGCGGGCUCUCCAUCAAAAUUUGGACAACGACAACUCAAUUUCAAAGCAUCUCCGGUCCGCAAAAGCAUUGAACGUCACGAUCCUGAUAUUCUAGACAGUCCUCGGAAAGGGGAGACCGAGUCGGUGAAGCCCGUUCCUUUAUUCAGUGAGAGUAGCCGGCUGCUCAAUGUUUCGGGAACUCAGUUCAUUUUGCCCUCACAGACUGACCCCAAAGUCGUUGCUGAGCUGCCGAACGAUAUCCGUUCUCGCCUCAUCGCUCAGGGUAGGCCUCGAGAGGAGUCACGCUCCGAGUCCCCAUGCCCUACAAGUCGCACAUGGGCGCCCGCCCCUGCAGAACUUCCUCCCCAGUCAGAGCUCGACCCAGAGGCCUUGGCUGCCUUGCCAGAGGAUGUGCGCGCCGAGAUAUUAGGCUACUACAGCCGGCCAUCCGUAAGUCCUGGCCCGCAACCCACACCAUCUCCAGCUGUUCCCUUGCUGCCGUCUCGGCCCUCCUCUGCCGGCAGUCUUAUGAUGCGGAAGCCCACCAGUCCUCCGAAGAAACGACGAGGGCGGCCUAGCACCAAGUCAGUCGGCAAUCCGGCCUUCACACAGGCUCGGUUCGUCAUUCCUAGAGCCACGGCUUCAUCUUCAGCUCCCGCCGAACGUCACUCACCUCCACCCGAGCAGACGGAUGCCUCGGCUGACUUUCUCGCCGCGCUCCCAGAGGACAUACGCCGCGAGGUGCUCCAGGAGCAACAACGAACAAAGAACCUACAGCGACCAGCCGUCAAUCCCACCUCGGCGCCGCGAGCUGCUUCACCAAUAACCUCAGAUUCGACUACAGUUGCGGCUACAGAUCCGCCUGCAACGCCAGAGAAACGGCUCGUCCUACCCCCAUUACCAGACCGACCCACUUUUACCUCACAGAGGCUCACGAAUUUAUCUGACCUGCGGGAUGCGAUUAGCUCGUGGCACGAGGCGUUCAGCAGCGAUGGUCCCUUUGAAGAAGACGUGCUGUCGGUUGGAAGGUAUCUUAAGUGUGUCAUUGUGGAUGAGAAGGAUUUGGACAAGGCGACGUCUGUUCUUUCCUGGCUAGCAUGGCUGAUCGAUGACGAGCAGAAUGCGAAGGAGUCGGAUGCAUUCAAGACGCCAGACCCAAGUGGCCGAACGGGUAGCAGUUCGCAGACUGCAAUGACAUGGGAAGCUGCGAUAAGAAGUCUGCGGGCGAGUGUUGACGAGGGGUGUGCGGAGCGAGGGUUACCUUCUGUAGAACUAUGA